GGGGCGCGGCGCGGGCGGGGGCGCUGCAGCCCGAGUCCGCGACGCGGGAGGCCCGGCCCGCCUCCGCCGCAUUGUCCCGGGCCCCGAGCCCCGGCUCUGAGCCGCGCCGCCGCAGCGCCCGCCUGCCGCCCACCGCCCGCGGGGCCAUGCGGAGAGCCGCCGGGAUGGAGGACUUCUCCACAGAGGAAGAGGAGCCUUGGUACGACCAGCAGGACCUGGAGCAGGACUUGCACUUGGCCGCGGAGCUGGGGAAGACCCUGCUGGAGAGGAACAAGGAGCUGGAGGAGUCUCUGCAGCAGAUGUACUCCACCAAUGAGGAGCAAGUGCAGGAGAUCGAGUACCUAACCAAGCAGCUGGACACGCUGCGGCACAUGAAUGAACAGCACGCCAAAGUGUACGAGCAGCUGGACCUGACAGCCCGAGACCUGGAGCUGACCAACCAGAAGCUGGUGCUGGAGAGUAAGGCUGCCCAGCAGAAGAUUCAUGGGCUCACGGAGACCAUCGAGCGCCUGCAGACGCAGGUGGAGCAGCUGCAGGCCCAGGUGGAGCAGCUGCGGGGCCUGGAGCAGCUGCGAGUGCGCCGGGAGAAGCGGGAACGAAGACGCACCAUCCACACCUUCCCCUGCCUCAAGGAGCUGUGCACCAGCCCCCGGUGUGAGGAUGCCUUCCGCCUGCACAGUUCCUCCUUGGAGCUGGGCCCACGGCCCCUGGAGCAGGAGAACGAGCGGCUGCAGACCUUGGUGGGUGUGCUGCGUUCCCAGGUGAGCCAGGAGCGGCAGCGCAAGGAGCGGGCGGAGCGCGAGUACGCGGCGGUGCUGCAGGAGUACUCAGAGCUGGAGCGGCAGCUGUGCGAGAUGGAGGGCUGCCGCCUCCGUGUGCAGGAGCUGGAGGCCGAGCUGCUGGAGCUGCAGCAGAUGAAGCAGGCCAAGACCUACCUGCUGGGCCGGGAGGACCACCUGGCCGAGGCCCUGCUCGCGCCCCUCACCCAGGCCCCCGAGACCGAUGACCCCCAGCCCGGCAGCGGGGACGACCCGGGCGCCCAGGACGGUGUCGCCUCUCCGGCCGCGUCCCCGGGCCACGCUGUGCGCAAGAGCUGCAGCGACACAGCGCUCAACGCCAUCGUGGCCAAAGACCCAGCCAGCCGGCACGCGGGCAACCUCACGCUGCACGCCAACAGCGUGCGCAAGCGCGGCAUGUCCAUCCUGCGGGAGGUGGACGAGCAGUACCACGCGCUGCUCGAGAAGUACGAGGAGCUGCUGAGCAAGUGCCGGCAGCACGGCGCGGGGGUGCGGCACGCCGGCGUGCAGACCUCGCGGCCCAUCUCCCGAGACAGCUCGUGGAGAGACCUUCGUGGGGGCGAGGAGGGCCAGGGGGAGGCCAAGGCGGGUGAGAAGAGCCUGAGCCAGCACGUGGAGGCUGUGGACAAGCGGCUGGAGCAGAGCCAGCCGGAGUACAAGGCACUUUUCAAGGAGAUCUUCUCCAGGAUCCAGAAGACCAAGGCCGACAUCAACGCCACCAAAGUUAAGACGCACAGCAGCAAGUGACCCUUUCCCCGCCUGCAGCCUCCCCCCGGGGUCUGGCCAUGGGGGUCCUCCUG